AUGUUUUAAAAAACCCUAAAAGCUUUUUCAAGAGUUUCAUCCAAAAUAGAUUAUACUAAAGAUUACUACAAAAUAUUAAAGCUUCCUUCUACAGCUGAUUAAUCCUAAAUUAGAAUCCAUUACUAUUAAUUGGCUAAGAAAUAUCAUCCAGAAUCAUAAACAGCAAAUAGUGAUAAAUAUUCAAAUGUAUAAGAGGCAUUCAGAGUAAAAUAUUCAUCAAUUUAAAUCAAUAGAUUUUAUCUGAUUUAGAAUACAAACAAAAGUAUGAUUAAAAACGAGUAAACUAAGCAGAUUCUGAUGUGUAAACUGAUUAAUAAGAGAAAAAUGAUAAUAAUAAAUAAGUAGGAAUAUCUGACGGAAUAUAACAAUAAUUAUUUGAAAAGAAUGAUGACACAUGGAAAUUAAAAAUUACUGUCAAAUAAGGAUAAAUUGAACAUAAUUACUAUUUUAGUGAAACAGAAUUAAAAGAAAAAUCUAUCAAUUGCACAGAAUUUGAAAAAGUUACUUCAGAUUUAAUUACUAAUUUGAAAUUAAAUCAAAGUUCUAUUGAAGAAUAUCAAAAUUCGUCCUUCUCUUCUACCUCCAUUUUGAAAAAAGUGGCUGAAAUCGGAUUUUUAAUAUUAUCAAUCCUUAUUGCAAGAAAGAAAUGA